CACACACACUUUAUGAAAGAGCUCGCAUUAAUUACUGAGCCUCGGACCUUCCUCCUCAACAGUCCAAUGACUGCAGUUAGGGGAGGCUCCAAGCUAUGGAGCCUGUACCAGCGUUUCCAGAGAAUCACCAAGACACACACACUGCACGGCUCAUGCAUUUUUGCAACCGGAGUUAUUUUGAGGAUUUUUUCUCUCUCUCUCUCUUCUCUCUUCCCCCACUCCCUCCCUCCACGACCAAGGCAUGAAACAAAACGAGCGCCAAGCCUUUUAAACAAGGAGAGUGGUAGCGGAGAGAGAAAGUGAGGGGGUGAGAUUUGCUACACCGCGUCUGUCUCACCUACCCCAGGAAGGCGAGCACUUGGGGGGAAAGAAGAGAUGGUCGCGUUGUGUCUGAUUCGCAGCAGCGACACAUCGCACACUUGCAUUGUGCCGGAUACUCCGGCCGAUCGCUGACUAGCGUUGAACCGAUCGCCCAUCGUGUUGCUCCAAUUCCACCCCAUCAGUAACAGCGGGCACUUGAUAGAACGAUGCAACCGGAUCGUUGAUAAAGAGACAAUCUGGCGGAUCAUAUUCAAUAAGGACUUACCGAUGCACCGAGGAAUUGUAUCGUGGAACAUUUCUGAUAGAUCAUCUUUAUAUGCACCAUAGACAAGGCAAAGGAACUGGAGAAUUAGCCAGAUAUAGCACGUGAUAACAUUGUUGGCUUGCAAGUGUUGAGGAACAUUGUAGGUAGGGACCUAUCCUGGACUGAAGCUACAGAUCUCUGUAUAACUCACCGCCCCGCUGCCUGCAACAUCAUCCUUCACAUCCAUCAGCCCCACUCCUCAAACCAUCACGAGAGGUCCAAGGAAUGAUGCCGGAGAGACUGGGAACAAUGCUUGUGGAUAUGCAGGCUCGCUUGGUGCUGGCAUGGAUUAGUGUGCUUCCGCUGAUGCAGCCCAUCCCCCUGGAUGCUCCACAGAGAUUACAGGAAGGGGAUGUGUUAACACUCGAUGGCUUGAACACCGAUGCAGGAGCCCUCAACCGUGCCAAGAGAGGCUGGGUCUGGAAUCAAAUGUUUGUGUUGGAAGAAUUUUCAGGACCUGAACCCAUUCUUGUUGGACGGCUACAUACGGAUCUUGACCCAGCGAAUAGGAAUAUAAAGUAUAUCCUGUCGGGAGAGGGAGCGGGGACAAUCUUCAUGAUCAAUGACUUGACGGGAGACAUCCAUGCCAUGAAGAGACUUGACCGGGAGGAGAAAGCUGAGUACACGCUCACUGCACAGGCCCUCGACCGAGAGACAGAUAACCCCCUGGAACCCCCGUCCGAGUUCAUUAUCAAGGUUCAGGAUAUUAAUGACAACGCGCCAGAAUUUUCCGAUGAGCCUUACCACGCCACAGUGCCGGAGAUGUCUCCCGUGGGAACUUCUGUCUUGGGGAUAACAGCUACAGAUGCUGAUGACCCUGUGUAUGGAAACAGCGCAAAACUGGUCUACAGCAUCCUGGAAGGGCAACCGUACUUUUCUAUUGAGCCACACACUGGAAUUAUCAGGACCGCACUUCCGAACAUGGACCGAGAAGCCAGGGAGGAAUAUCUUGUAGUGAUACAAGCAAAGGAUAUGGGAGGCCACAUGGGAGGACUAUCUGGGACUACGACUGUCACCAUCACAUUGACCGAUGUCAAUGACAACCCACCCAAGUUCACCCAGAGUCUUUAUCAUCUGUCUGUGCUUGAGGACAUGCCCGUUGGAGAUAUUGUUGGAAGAGUUAAGGCAAAUGAUCGGGAUACGGGACAGAACGCCAGAUCUUUGUACGAGAUUAUCGAUGGAGAUGGUUUGGACGUGUUUGAAAUCACGACAGACUCCCAGACUCAGGAAGGAAUCAUCGCUCUUAAAAAAGCCCUGAACUUUGAGAUCAAGAAAUCCUACACCUUGAAGGUGGAGGCAGGGAACACGCACGUUGACCCGCGCUUCAUCAGCAAGGGGCCCUUCAAAGACACGGCUGCCGUGAAGAUCACAGUGGACGAUGCAGAUGAACCUCCAGUAUUCUCCUUGCCCAACUACUUCUUGGAAGUGAGGGAGAACGCGGCCUUCGGAUCACUCAUAGGGGAGGUUCUGGCUCGGGACCCCGAUGUCAGCGAUAGCUCUGUAAGGUAUUCCAUUGAUCGCCACACCGACCUUGAGAGGUUGUUCAACAUUAAUGCUGAUGAGGGAAAGAUUACACUGGCAAAGCCCCUGGACAGAGAAUCUGAUGUCUGGCAUAAUAUCAGCAUUAUCGCCAUGGAAACCCGGAACCACAGCCAAAUAUCUCGGGCGCUUGUGGCCAUUAAAGUUCUUGAUGUUAAUGAUAAUGCUCCUGUGCUUUCCUCGCAGUCUGAAGCUUACCUGUGCGAAAAUGGAAAAUCCGGCCAGGUUAUUCAGACGGUCAGUGCUACGGACAGAGAUGACCCGAAGACUGGGCAGUACUUCUUUUACAGCCUGGCACCGGAAAUUUCCCGGAACCCCAACUUCACGAUCAAGAAUAACGCAGAUAACUCAGUGAGCAUACUGGCAAGACACAGUGGAUUCAGCCGACAGAAACAGGAUGUGUACUUUCUGCCCCUCAUUGUCUCGGACAGUGGAACUCCAGCCAUGAGCAGCACCAACACACUGACCAUCCGGGUCUGUGGCUGCAGUGCGGACGGGAAUGUGCAGUCCUGCAAUGUUGAAGCCUUUGUUCUUCCCAUCGGGCUGAGCAUGGGGGCACUCAUCGCCAUCUUGGCCUGCAUCAUCCUCCUCCUGGUUAUUGUGGUUCUCUUUGUAACAUUAAGAAGACACAAAAACGAACCUCUUAUCAUCAAAGACGAUGAAGAUGUGAGGGAGAACAUCAUCCGUUACGACGAUGAAGGUGGUGGCGAGGAAGACACGGAGGCAUUUGACAUCGCCACCUUGCAGAACCCCGAUGGUUUCAAUGGGUUCCUGCCCCGGAAGGACAUCAAACCAGACCUGCAGUUCGUCCCCAGGCAAGGUCUCCCACCCGUCCCCAACGGAGUAGACGUGGAUGAGUUUAUUAACGUGAGGCUUCACGACGCUGACGUCGACCCUACUGCCCCCCCCUAUGAUUCCAUCCAGAUCUACGGCUAUGAAGGGAGAGGGUCGGCUGCUGGUUCUCUGAGCUCAUUAGAAACAACGUCGACUGAUUCAGAGCAGAACUUUGACUACCUCAAGGAGUGGGGGCCACGGUUUAAAAAACUCGGGGAUAUGUAUGCCGUCGGAGAGAACGACAGAGAAACCUGACUCCAACUUGGAGAGAACAAUUACCCAAUAUUUUAAUGGACACUGGUGUAUAAUUAUAGGGUUGCCAAUUAUUAACAAUGGAUCAGCUGGCUAGUCUUUUAGAUGCAGUCAACGUUAGUUCUUAUCAUCUUUUAAGUCCAGCUCAUUGUAAAAUUGAACCAAAAAAAAAAAUGCAGAUUGUAUGAGUGUUUUACUCUCGUGGAGUGUGGACUGUGUGGAUUGUUUGGGCGGGUGUUGGUUUUCUAGUUAUUGUACAGACUAUUGUUCAACUGGAGGAGACUUUGGGAUCUUACAGUGCUUCCUACAUGGUUCCUUUGACCAUGGCUUUUCUCCAACCAGAGACCGAGAUCUUGCCGACCCAAAGCGAAGCAAUACCAAUGUCUUUGUUGUGGAACUGAUGAACGUAGCCAAAGGAGGUGAAGGGGAAAGCAGGGAGCAGACACGCUGAAGCAUUGAAACCAAUUCCAGCUCCUUCCUCCUGCAGUAAUAUUAGCUGAGGUGUAAUCGAGUGUUUCUCUGUAAGUGAUGAUCACACAAGUAGACACGGUGUACUCCCUCAGAGUGCCCUUAGGCUUCAUAAUAUCCUCAGUGAUUUGAGUCCAUUCCAGUUGAAAGAGAAGAUCUGAAAGUAGAUGCAGUGACAAUGGGGGAUGUAAUGAGCACACAAUUAUACAAAAUAUAAUAAUUUUUGGGCCAUUUGAUGAAAAUAAAAAACACCAAGUUUAAACAUCAGAAGCUGAGGUUAAUAACUAAUCUAGAUUUAAAUGACAUGUUGUCUACUCCCAGAAAGAAAGUUCAAAAACUAAGGAAACAAGGAAUUGCAGAUGCUAGUUUACAAACAAAAAGACACAAAGUUCCGGAGUCACUCAGCGGGUCAGGCAGCAUCUCCAGAGAACAUGGACAGGUGAUGUUACGAGUUGGCAGCUUCUAAAAGUCUGAAGAAGGAUCCCGAUCCAUGUUCUCCAAAGAUGCUGCCUGACCCGCUGAGUUACUCCAGUGCUUUGUGUCUUAUUUUUUUUAACAAGAACUGGAAUGGAACUGAGAUCAUGUGAAUAUUUGACUUCCAAACCUUUAGAUACACACUCAUUACACAGUACAGUACCAGUGUUAAACAUAUGCUUCUUGUGCUUCACUGUGUAAUUUGAGCCUAGAAAAAAAUGAAAAUGGUCUAAAAAAUGUUUUUAUGUCAUGUAUAUAUAUAUAGACUUACUGCUAACUUUUGUGGCUUUUAAUUUUUGGGAGAUGAACUUUGGCUAUGCACAGUAGCUCAGGCAGAGACACCUUAAAUGACAACAGCACUGAAAGUUGGAUGAUCAGCCAUGAUCAUAUUGAAUGGCGGUGCAGGCUCGAAGGGCCGAAUGGCCUACUCCUGCACCUAAUUUCUAUGUUUCUAUGUUUCUAUGAAAGCUUAUGUGCAUUGCCAAUCUUUAAUGGGAAAUACAACAAUUCCGAGUAGAUAUUGUAUAUUACAAUAGUCUUACGCACACACACAAAAAAGGAGCCCUUAUUAUUUUUAUACGUUGCUUUAAUGCUAUUUACUUGUACGUUUCAUUUAUUUUACGCCAUGUAUUGUACAUCAGAGGAACCCCUGUAUUGUUUCCUACUUUGUGAAAUAUAUUUUUAUAAAUAUUCCAGGUUAUGUCUCCAUUUGUGUUGCCGAAACGGUCUCCGCUUCUUUGGAAUGGAACACAUUGCAUGAGAUGACUCAUAGGUUACAGAGACUUUAUCAGAUUGGAAGUAGAUCAGGGUAAAAGAAAUUGGGUAUACCUACUCUCAAAGAUGUUUUCAAAUUCUUGCAAUGAUGCUUCUAGCAUAUUUUUUAUGCAAUUUCUCUGAAGUAAAGUAUUGAGGUUUUGAUUAAAUACACUGAGGAUUUUUAAAACAGCAGUUCUUCUGCUAGAGAGGAAAUUAUUCAGGCAGCACAGUGGUGCAGUGGUAGGGUUGCUGCCUUACAGCACCAUAGACCUGCAUUUGAUCCUGACUAUGAGACGUGUCAGUACAGACUUUGUGCAUUCCCCCUGAGACUACUGGGUGCUCUGGUUUCCUCACACAUCCGAAAGACAUACAGGUUUGAAGUUUAAUUGGCUUCUGUAAAUUGUCACUAGAGUGCAGGGUAGCACUAAACUGACAAAGGGUCUCGACCGAAAGGUCACCCAUUCCUUCUCUCCAGAGAUGCUGCCUGUCCCACUGAGUUACGCAUUUUGUGUAUGGCUUCGGCGCAAACUAGCAUCUGCAGUUCCUUCCUACUACCUGCAAACUGCACGUCUUUGGAAAGUGGGAGGAAACCAGAGCACCAGGUGAAAACCAAUGCAGUCACAGGGAGAAUGUACAAACUCUGUAACGAUAGCAACAGCACUCUGGAUCAAAUCUGGGUCUCUGGCACUGUAAGACAGCAACUCUACUGCUGCACCAUUGUGCUGCCUGAUAAUUUGCCACCAUGAGAGGAUUCAGGGGCAAUCUCCCAAAAAAUAAAAGUUUCAUACUGCAAACCCGAGCCACAGGGUAAAUUCUGGGACUUUUUUGGGGAUUUGCAGGUAUUUUUGGAAUGAACCUGGGGAAUAGAUAGGGUGAAUGAACAGAGUCUUUUAUCCAGGGUAUGGGAAUCAAGAACCUGAGGAAUAAGGUGAGACUAGAAAGAUUUAAUAGGAUUGCUUUUUCACCCAGACGGUGAUGAAUAUAUGGAAUGUGAUGCCAGAGGAGGUGGUUAAGGCAGUUAAUAUAACAGCAUUUAACACACGGGCAAAUGGGACUAGUUUAGAUGGAGCAUCUUGGUUGGCAUGGGCGGGUUGUGCCGAAGGUCCUGUUUCCAUACUGUGGAAUAUCACUGUAUGACUAUGAAUAUUAAAGGUUUGCUGUGUUGUGAACUGUCACCAUCCUGAACAACUGACCUUACAUUGAUAAAACAGAGCCAUUACUGAAAAACAUUAUCCAUAAAUGUUUCACGUCAAGUCUCCUAAGGAGAUAUAAGCAGCUAAAGGUUUUGUCAGAUAGACUGGAAUUAGAAGAAGGCAUUAAAUGAUUCUGAAAAACGGUCUCAACCUGAAACGUCACCUAUUCCUUUUCUCCAUAGAUACUGCCUGGCCCGCAGAGUUACUCCAGUAUUUUGUGACUAUCUUUCCAUGUAAACCAGCAUUUGCAGUUCCUUCCAACACAGAGGAGGAUUAAUUUGGUUUCAAAUCUAAGCAUAGACUUGGCGAUCGUUUCAUUGACCACUUACGCCCAGUCUGCCUUGGCCUAUGUGAUCUUCCAGUUUUCCAAACAUUUUAAUUCCUCUUCCCAUUCUCAUACUGCCCUUCCGUCCUGGGACUCCUCCACUGUCAGAGUGGGGACACACGCAAGUCAUACCAGCCAACAUUUGAAAAUGAAAAUCUUACUCUGAGUGAGCGGGUUGACGGAGUGUGAGCACCGAAGGGUGGAGCCCAGCGGCCCGUCUUAGCUCCUGGAUUUUAAGGGCUUUUUUUAGUAGUUUGCCAAUAUUGUGAUAUAUUCAGAGCUGCCAAGUUUUGUCAGAGCAUUUCAGUAUUCUAGUACCUGUAAAUCAGUAUUUUGCUGAGGAAAUCAGGAUUUUUGCGUGGUGCCAUUUUGCUGAUUUUUAUUUUUUUUAAUGUGCGGUCAUACCCAUGUAAUAGUACAAGAAAGCAUAACUUGUUUAUUGUGUAUUUGUAAUACAGUUUAUUGUGUAUUCUAUGUCAUAGCUGCUUUCUUGCAUUUGUCCAGAAGUUUAUCAUUGAAAGUCAUUUGGUAGCAACAUUUCCCCAUGGCCUGGGGAAAUGUUAAGGGGCUGGAAUCUCUCAUUCUUUCCUUUUCUCUGUCUCUCUCUCUCUGUCUCUGUCUG